GGUGUCGCGCGUCCCCCGCCGGUGGCCGCCCUGCCCGGAACCGGGGCUCGGUCUGGGGAAGCGAAAGCGAAAGCGGCGGGCGCCGGGACGCCCCCGCUUGCAGAGUGCCUCGGGCACCACAGAAGGGGAGAACGAAGGUGAGCCAGCGCGAGCGGAUCUCAAAGAUCGGUGCGAGGCACGUAGCCGAAAGACCCUCCCCGGAGCUGCAGUCCCGAAGCCGCCGCCGAUAACACCAUGCGGUUCCCUGACCUGAGACCCUGCGCCUUCCUGCUGCUCGCCGACUUGGCUCUACUCUGGCUGCUUCAGGGGACUCUGGGGGCUCUCCUUCCCCCGGGGCUUCCAGGCCUGUGGCUGGAGGGGACCCUGCGACUUGGAGGGCUCUGGUGGCUGCUAAAGGUGGGAGGACUGCUGGGAUUUGUGGGAACACUGCUGCCCCCGCUCUGCCUGGGGACCCCGCUGUUUCUCUCCCUGAGGGCCCUGGUCCCAAGGGCCUUGAGUGCUCCCCCAGUCAGAGUGGCUUCAGCCCCCUGGAGCUGGCUGCUGGUGGGGUAUGCGGCUGCGUGGCUAAGCUGGGCCAUGUGGGCUCUGCUGAGCUCCCCAGAAGCCCAGGAGAGGAAGCAGGGCCAGGAGAACAACACAGACUUGAUGUGGAGGCUGCUGAAGCUCUCCUGGCCGGACUUGCCUUACCUUGUUGCAGCCUUCUGCUUCCUCAUUGCUGCCGUGCUGGGUGAGACAGUCAUCCCUUACUAUUCGGGUCAUGUCAUUGACAUCCUGAGAGGUGAUUUUGACCCUGAUGCCUUUGCCAGCACCAUCUUUUUCAUGUGUCUCUUCUCCAUUGGGAGCUCCCUGUGUGCAGGCUGCCGGGGAAGCUGCUUCACCUUCACCAUGUCCAGAAUCAAUAUGCGGGUCCGGCAGCUGCUUUUCUCCUCCCUUCUGCGCCAGGACCUCAGUUUCUUCCAGGAUACUAAGACAGGGGAGCUGAAUUCGAGGCUGAACUCCGAUACCAAAUUGAUGAGCAACUGGCUUGCUCUUAAUGCCAACGUGUUCUUGCGAAGCCUGGUCAAAGUGGUGGGGCUGUAUAGCUUCAUGCUCAGCCUGUCCCCGCGACUCGCCCUCCUCUCUCUGCUCAAGGUGCCUCUGGCAGUAACGGCUCAAAAAGUGUACGAUGUCCGCUGUCAGGUUGUGCUUCGUGAGAUCCAGAAUGCUGUGGCGAAAGCAGGACAGGUGGUGCGGGAGGCAGUUGGAGGGCUGCAGACGGUGCGCAGUUUUGGGGCUGAGGAGCACGAGUGCUGUCUCUAUGAGGAGGCCCUGGAGCGGUGCCGGCAGCUGUGGUGGCAACGAGACCUGGAAUGUGCCCUCUACUUACUCUUUCAGAGGAUGCUGCACUUGGGGAUGCAGGUGCUGAUGCUGAACUGUGGGCUGCAGCAGAUCCUGGCUGGGGACCUCACCCAAGGUGGGCUGCUCUCCUUCCUGCUCUACCAGGAAGACACGGGCCAUUAUGUACAGUCCCUGGUUUACAUGUGUGGCGAUAUGCUCAGCAACGUCGGGGCUGCGGAGAAGGUGUUUCAGUACCUGGACCGAAAGCCCAAGCUGCCCCCGCCCGGGACGCUGGCCCCUCCCACUCUGCGGGGGCUGGUGGAAUUCCAAGACGUCUCCUUCGCGUAUCCCAACCGCCCCGACCAGCCUGUGCUCAAGGGGCUGACGUUCACCCUCCGUCCUGGCCAGAUGACGGCUCUGGUGGGGCCCAAUGGGUCGGGGAAGAGCACAGUGGCCGCGUUGCUGCAGAAUCUGUACCAGCCCACGGGGGGCAGGCUGCUGCUGGAUGGGAAGCCCAUCUCCCAGUAUGAACACUGCUACCUGCACCGACAGGUGACUUCGGUGGGGCAGGAGCCUGUGCUCUUCUCUGGUUCUGUGAGGGACAACAUUGCGUACGGGCUGAAGAGCUGCAGUGAUGAGAAGGUGAUGGCAGCUGCCCAGGCCGCCAGCGCGGCCGGCUUCAUACAGGAGAUGGAGCGGGGCCUGUAUACAGAUGUAGGGGAAAAAGGGAACCAGUUGGCUGCGGGACAGAAACAGUGUCUGGCCAUUGCCCGGGCCCUAGUGCGGGACCCACGAGUCCUCAUCCUGGAUGAAGCCACCAGUGCCCUGGACGUCCAGUGUGAGCAGGCCCUGCAGGACUGGAAAUCCCAUGGAGACCGAACGGUGCUGGUGAUCGCUCACAGGCUGCAGACGGUGCAGAGUGCUGACCAGAUCCUGGUGCUCAGGCAGGGAGAGCUGCUGGAGCAUGCACAGCUCAUGGAGGGCCAGGACCUCUAUUCCCGCCUGGUGCAGCAGCUACUGGAGGACUGAGGCCCCGUCCCCGGGCCCUUCUCAUGGCCAUCUCUGUGACCCAGAGUAGCUUGUGCUCGGGGUUUCCCUGGGCUUGUGCCCCCGGGUAGUUGUUCAUGAAGCUGGAGGCUGGGUGGAAGUUUGGACCGUGUGUGCUCCUAUUGGGGCUGGGAGUGAGGGGGAGGGGGGUGCCGUCUGUUUCCAAGAUCAUUUCCCUGGUGCUGAGUAGUGUAUUGUGGCAUAAUACAUCUAUUUAAAAAUAUUUUCCUUAUUAUGUAAAUAGCACAUAUGCAUCGAGAAAAGUAAAAUUAACCUUUGUUUCACUUCCCAGAGGUCACCAUAGCUACUAUUUUGCCAGCUACCUAUCUGUGUCUUGUCUCUACUUUGAGAUAAAUGUUAGCGAAUAUGACAUAAAUAUUCAUGAGGUUGCCUUUCUGUAUCUUUCUCUAUUUGCACUGAUGUCUGAUAUUUUGGGGGAAGUUAGUUUAUGGAGGGGUAGAACACAGUUUCCUAAUUAACAGUGUUAAUAAAACAUUGGUAAUAUCUACUAUUUGUAGAGUUUUAAUAUGAAUAGGAACUAUGCUAAAUAUUUUUCAGGCAUUAUCAUAUUUAGUCCUUUUCCUCAACCCUGUGAGGUUGGUUAUUAUUAUUCCCAUCUUACAGAUGAGGAAACUGAGUCUCAAAGAGAUUAAAUAACUUUUCCAAGGUUAUACAGUGGUGGAGUUGGAGUUGAAUCCAGGCCUGACCCGGGUCCACAAUCUCAACCAAUAAAUUAUAUGACAUCA